GGACAUAGGUCUCUGAACCAAAAGGCCUUAUCCAUUUGUUCUUAGAUUUCACGUGAAGUUAUAACACUUUACACACAAACAUCGUCAACAUGCCAUUGGCACGCUCAUCCGAUCCACUAGUGUGGAUAGACUGCGAAAUGACAGGCCUGGAUUUCGAAAAAGACCAAAUCAUCCAGGUUUGCUGCUUCAUCACGGACGCCAACCUCCAACUCCUCGACUCCCACGGCUUCGAAACUGUCGUCCACGCCUCCAAGACCACCAUGGACAACAUGUCACAAUGGUGUAUCGACACUCACGGCCGUACGGGAUUAACCGCCGCCGUCCUCGCCUCCACUGUUACACCUGAGUCCGCUGCCUCCGAGCUAUUGACAUACAUUCAGCGAUAUGUGCCGCAGCCCCGCACGGCGCUGUUGGCGGGAAAUAGCGUACAUGCGGACAAGGCUUUCUUGUCGCGGGGUCCCUACGCGAAGGUCCUGGAAUGGUUGCAUUAUCGAAUCUUGGAUGUGAGCACCUUUAAGGAGGCCGCGAGACGAUGGGGUGUGGAUGAGUUGUUGGCGACUGUGCCUAGGAAGAAGGAGGUGCAUUUGGCGAAAGAUGAUAUUCUGGAAAGUAUUGAGGAGAUGCGUUUCUAUAAGGAGAGGCUGUUUGGGAGUGGAAUGAAAUGAACGAGAGGGUUUAUUAGACGGCUUUCUACUUAAUUACUGCUGCUAUUGCGACUGUUGCAGUAUAUGGACACCGACACUUGGGUGGGUUGCAUUGAUUUACUUUACCUGACAGAGCACACC